AUGUACCCCGCGGGCCCCCCAGCUGGCCCCGUCCCACGCCGCGGCCGCCGCGCCCCGCUCGGGCGUCCUGCGGAGCCGCCGCGGCCCCCAGCGCCCGCCCCGGCCCCCGCCGCACGGCCGCCGCCCCCAGCCCCCGGGCCUCGGCAGCGCGUGGCAGUGAAGAUGGCCUUCCGCAAGGCCUACUCCAUCAAGGACAAGCUGCAGGCCAUCGAGCGCGUCAAGGGCGGCGAGCGGCAGGCCAGCGUGUGCCGCGACUUCGGCGUGCCCGGCGGCACGCUGCGCGGCUGGCUCAAGGACGAGCCCAAGCUGCGCUGGUUCCUGGACCAGCUGGGCGGCGAGGUGGGCACGCAGCGCAAAAAGAUGCGGCUGGCCAACGAGGAGGAGAUCGACCGCGCCGUGUACUCGUGGUUCCUCACGCUGCGCCAGCAUGGCGUGCCGCUCUCGGGGCCCAUCAUCCAGGCGCAGGCCGAGGCCUUCGCGCGCCAGAUAUAUGGGCCCGAGUGCACCUUCAAGGCCAGCCACGGCUGGUUCUGGCGCUGGCAGAAACGCCAUGGCAUCUCCAGCCAGCGCUUCUAUGGCGAGGCCCGGUCCCCGGCCCCGGGCCCCGCGCCACGCCCGCCGGUCAAGGAGGAGCCCGCACUGCCCCCCGGCGCCGGCUCUCUGCCCGACCGGGCCCCGGCCGCGCCGCCCCCUGCCGAGGGCGGCUACGGUGACGAACAGAUCUACAACGCCAACGUCACGGGCCUCUACUGGAAGCUGCUUCCGGAGCAGACCGCGGCCCUGGGCGCAGGGGACCCCGGGGCAGGGGGCUGCGGCCGGCGCUGGCGGGGCGACCGAGUGACGGUGCUGCUGGCCGCCAACCUGACGGGCAGCCACAAGCUGAAGCCGCUGGUCAUCGGGCAGCUGCCUGACCCGCCCAGCCUGCGCCACCACAACCAGGACAAAUUCCCUGCCUCCUACCGCUACAGCCCUGACGCCUGGCUCAGCCGCCCUCUGCUGCGGGGCUGGUUCUUCGAGGAAUUUGUUCCCGGCGUCAAGCGCUACCUGCGCCGAAGCUGCCUGCAGCAGAAGGCCGUGCUGCUGGUCGCCCACCCGCCCUGCCCAAGCCCUGCCACCAGGAUGCCUGCCCUGGAGGAAAGCGAGGAGACCCCCCUGCGGUGCCGACCUGAGCCCCUCGGGCCCCCGGAGGAGCUGCAGACACCUGACGGAGCUGUACGCGUGCUGUUCCUAUCCAAGGGCAGCAGCCGGGCGCACAUACCUGCCCCGCUGGAGCAGGGCGUGGUGGCUGCCUUCAAGCAGCUGUACAAGCGGGAGCUGCUGCGUCUGGCUGUGUCCUGUGCCAGCGGCUCCCCACUGGACUUCAUGCGCAGCUUCAUGCUCAAGGACAUGCUCUACCUGGCCGGCCUCUCCUGGGACCUGGUGCAGGCAGGCAGCAUCGAGCGCUGCUGGCUGCUGGGCUUGCGGGCCGCUUUUGAGUCCCGGCCUGCUGAGGAGGGUGCUGGGCAGCCUGCCUGCCAGGCUGAGGAGGCCGCUGAGCACAGCAGGGUGCUCAGCGACCUCACUCAUCUGGCAGCUCUGGCCUACAAGUGCCUGGCACCCGAGGAGGUUGCAGAGUGGCUGCACCUGGACGACGAUGGUCUGCCUGAGGGCUACAGAGAGGAAGUGGGCUCUGCCCUGCCCCCUGCGCUGGCCCUUGCAGCCCCCCCAUCCCCAACCAGCCUGCCGUCUGGCAUGGGGGGUGCAGAGGAGGAGGAAGUGGCCACUGCAUACGGAGGAGUCUCGGUGCCCACUGCUGGGGAGGCUGUCCGGGGGCUGGAGACAGCUCUGCGGUGGCUGGAGAGUCAGGACCCCAGGGAGGUGGGGCCGCUGAGGCUGGUGCAGCUACGCUCACUCAUCAGCAUGGCCCGGAGGCUCGGGGGCAUUGGGCACACUCCAACAAUCCCCGAUGAUGGUGUGUGACCAAGCUGGCCCAGUGGCCUUUCUCCUGCUGCACUUGGAGGGAGGGGACACGCACAGUCUCCCAUCUCCCCUCUUUCCUCCCCAUGGGGUGGGCCACCCGAUGGGUACAGGGGGUUACAGGGAUCCAAGCCCAGCCUGGCUUGGAGGGCUUCUGUUGUUGAAACAUUGGUCGUCCUGCCCCACUGGUCCCCCAGUGUGCUGGAGGGAUAGCUGGAAGAGAGGCCCCUAGCCCACACCUCCCGGGGCAGUCACACAUGUGGGGUCCCCUAUGCACGCCAGGCACUCGAGGCACAGCACCUAUCAGCAGUUGGCUGUGUCCUGCUCUGGCCCCUGUGAGGCUGGGUCUCCCUCCCACCACCACCUGUCACAUGCACUGGACAAGGACCUGACACCCCUGUUUGUUUCGGGCCCUGGUGCUGCGUGGUUCCUCCACUACAGCUGUGGGAUCAUCUCAGUGGGGAAGCACACCACUUGAUUUUAUUUUUUUUAACACAUUAAAUCCAUUUUUAUAGAUACUCUUUAGAGGGGGCUAUGAGAACGGGGGCAGGGUGGAGUGAUCUAUGGGCUGCCCCCUGCCAUUGCUCUGCGGACUAGAAGCCCAAGUGGUUCAUGUUUGGAGCCUGGGGCUGCUCUCAGAGCAUUGCUGUGGAAUGGGGAAGGGAGGACAGAGCCCCAAUACUCAGGCUUCUCAAGGUUCUGGGUGCAGCAGGGGGUGUAUUGUCCCCCUGCAUUUUUGGUUUUCCUUAAGAAAAUUCUAUUCUAAACAGAUACCUUAUUCCAUGGGGUUGUUGAAAGUCUGUAUUUGGGCCCUGGCGAUUUGACCAAUGGCAGGGCAAACUCCCCUGAUUCCCCAUGGGCCACUGGCCACUUUAUCCAGCCCCAGGGCCUGGAGCUACCUGGCUUGCCCCAGAGCAGGCCCAGGACUGACAGUCCAGCGCAAUCCACAGUGCCUUACCACCGCCUUCCACCUGCUCCUCCUGCCCCAGGGCCCCACGCAGGCUUUUCUGCCUUUCCUGGCACUGCCCACCUUGUGGCUGAGCUGCUUCUGGGUGGCCCAGUUUGAAAGGGAGAAAAGGGUGUCAGCUCUCUUAGUGUUCUGCUGCUCUGUUCAGUUCUAGGUUCAGAAUCCAGUGGGUGGUCUGGGACCAAGAGAGCCCAUGCCUCUCAGGGUAGUGGGGGCUGCCAUUGCAGGGAUGCAGCCCUGUGAGGGGCAGGGGCCUCCAGGUGCUCUCCCCUUGUCGCCCCCAGUGGUCUGAGCCUUGAAAACAGAGUUGGUGAGUGUAGGGGGCCUGCACACAGAUGGUAUGUCUGCGGAAGGGAAGAGGUGUACACCAGCUUGAUAGUGGGGCAGCUGGAGGGAGUGCCCCCAAAAAGCAGUUUCUACACACGUCCGAGAACAGGUCCUUAGGACCACCCCAAUCCAAAAAAAAAACAAAACCGGGAAAAAAAAAAUAUCUCAAAUCUGAGAGGUGAAGGAAGGUGUGGAAAAUUUGUCAGCAAGAGAGAGAAUCAGGCUUAACUAGCCAGACUCGGCUCCUGCUGGGGCCCUCUGGCCACCUCGACUUCCAGUCUCCCUGAACCUGCAGACCUGUCCAGGGCUGGCCCUGGAUCUCUACAACCCAAGCCGGGGCUGGGGUUUAGGAAGUCAGAUGCGUUUUGCCCCGUGAAUCUCCCCAAUGGCACAGGCACACAGGGCUGGUAGCAGCCGGCCUCCCUGUGCCACAACUGCCUCCAGGGCUCUUGAGAAGAGGUGAACCUAAGAGCUGCACAUGCCAGGUGAGGGCUGCAUACCUGGGCUUUGACAUAUGGGCAGCCUCUGGUUGUUACCACUGUAGCUGCUCCUUUGGUGAGGUUUUCAUCUCCAACCUUCCUGUCAGUUUCAGCCCUACCCUUGGCCUGGGCCCAGGGAGGUGUCAUACAGGGAAAGGGGGAGAAGAGAGAGACCCUGUCUGCCUCUUCACCUGUCUCACCCCUCUCUCAUCUGGGCAUCAGGGGCCCAGGAGGUGGCUCUGGCCUGUUCCCCUGCCCCCAGAUGGUCACCUUCCCAUAAACAAGGCAGAUGCAGGCUGGUGGGGGCGCUAGGAGCUACUUAAGAGUCCCCUAUCAAGUGUGGGUCUGCCUAUUGGCAUCUGCUGCGCUAGUAAACCCCUCCACAAGAGGGCUCAAAAGGUCUUCUCUGGAGUGCGUGUGUGCACCACAGGGCAGAGGUUCAAGCCCCCAGCCUUGCAUGUGAGGAGGCUGCUCUGCCUGGCCCUGGCCCUGUGGGCAGCCCCUGCAAGUCCCCAGGGCCUGUAGCUAUGCACAGAUGGCAGAUGAGAACCUGGGGCCCUGCCCUGCUAUCAGCUUACAGUCACCCACCUCUCUGGGCUCUGCUCAGUGUCUGUGAAGUGACCCCAGUAGGGUAGAGGGAGCCCCUUAGGAGGGCUGUGUGCCUCACAGGGCUGCAUCUCUGCCUGGCCUCCCUUCCUCACACCCCCACACCUGUUGCUGUUAUCUGCUGAGCACUGUGGGCAUUUAUUUGAGUUUGCCACCCUGGUUUGUGAUAACAUUCAAGCAAGCUGAUUGAAGCUGCAUGUCCUUCUUUCAACAGCCAUUGGAGGACCUUGCAUGAUCCCUGAAAGCACUCCUGUGGCUUGGGAAGUGCAGACAGCCCUCCUGGCUCAGGCAGCUUUAUAGAGGCCACCAGCCCCCACCUCUACUCCUGUUCACAGCUCUGUGACCAGGCUCAAGGAAGGUCACAGCUCUUCCAGUUGGCAGCCUCUGUGUCAGGGUGGUUGUCAGAGCUCCUGGGCUUAGGGGAGGGCCAGCGAUGGGAAAGUGUGAAGGACAGAAAGAUGAGUGAAUGCAGGCUUUGCUGAAACCAUCACUGGCCAUGUGUUCUUGGGAAGUGACUGCCUGGACAUCAGCUGGGCUGCAAAUGAAACAUCAGAACAUGGGGAGAGAGAGGGGACACCCCCAAGCUGCAGGCUGGUCUCACAGGGACCCCAGCCCCUUUUAUUACCUAUUUGGGAUUGGGAUUGCCUGUGGGGAGCUCAGUGGGGCCUGGGCACUGUCUGCCCCCUGGCUGUGUGUGCCCAAGGGUGAGGCUUGACCCCAAUGGCUUCUUGAGAGCAGAUUUUGGGCUUCUGGGGUUCAUGCUGUGUUGAGGGGCCCUUCCUCUAACACCUAACCUUGCUUACAGCUGAGUUCAGCUGGCCAGAUGGGCCCGAUAACACUUUAUAUAAUAAAGGUUGAACAUGUCAACUUCA